CCGUGCUGACGUCACCACGGAGCCACGCUGCACUGCGAGUCCAAACAACUUUUCCAGAGGAACUCCUCACCACAACGCGUCCAACCGUCCAUCAAGGUGUCGAGAUUGAACAAAGUAGCCGAAGACCCCAGCCUUAAACGCGACGAGGAAUUAUCGUAACGAAGAAUUUAGCUUUUCCAGUGUAUAUAAUUAGUUUACAACUGUCGUCUCUUUUCGGAAGUUAAAAUGAGAAAUAUGUGGUUGUUGUUCCUCGUUGGACUGGCGACUGGGUUUAUCAGUGAAAAACUGCUGGUCUCAUCCCAAACACCGUUCUCCACGACAGAGGACAUGUACCUAGAGGGCCGGACGUCAGGUGACCUCCCCAUAGAUGAUGAGGAUGGUGUAGACGGUUCGGGCUCUGGAUCCGGAGACUACGCUUUCACAGAUAAAGAGGAGAUGAUCAGGAGGUUCCUCAACUUCUCCGAGACCACCGUUUCCAAAGAAAUGGUUCCAACUCGACCACAGCCAACAUCAGACUCUCCUCACAAGCCAUCGACCACAGCAGCAGACGGUCAGGAUGCACUGACAGAAGAGAAGGACACGGAGACAACGCCAUUCACCUCUUCUAAUGGGGACAAGAGUGACAAGGAGGUGGCAGGUCCAACUGCUGAUUGGUUCACACAGAUGACCAGCUCCACCAACAUGCCUACCACUACAAAUAAUGACACCGAAUUCGGCAUGGAUAUCACUGUAAUCAAAGAUAUCAGCGAGGACAACAGUCUGGACAGAUUGGAUGACUCGGCAACGAAAAACCGUGAAAAUGAAGUCCUGAUCGUACCGGACGAAAACGAGAUUUUGCCAAAUAAUGGCCAAGGCAGCAGAAUGUAUGACAUGGAGGCUCCUGAACAGGUGACCUCUGAGAACAUGUGGGAGAGGACGGAGGUGCUGGCAGCGGUUAUAGCAUGCGGAGUAGUUGGAUUCCUCUUUGCUGUUUUCCUCCUCCUCCUCCUCGCCUACCGUAUGAAGAAGAAGGACGAAGGAAGCUACGCCCUGGGGGACAACAAAGUUUCAACAACAGCCUAUCACAAAGCGUCUACCAAGGAGUUCUACGCCUAAACAGACCAAUAAAGACUUUCAAUGGAGUCUGAUUCCUCUCAAUCAGGACUCAAAUGGACCUUUAAAUGACUGAAGAUCAAGUCAAGUUCCUCUGCUUUUCUUCAGCGCUACCAACAUUUCCCUGCAUAUUUCCUGCCUUUCCCCUCUGCUACUGUUUCACAUGUCGCCAUAUGAUGUUAAGUGUUGGUCAAGAAGAGCUCAUAAGGGAAGAAAUAAGACUUAAAAUUCCCAUCCUUCCAUUAUGGAGAAAGAGUUACAGAUUGAAUGCACAUCCUCAAUUUCAGUGGAGAAAUUGUUUGCAUAUCACAAUACAUCACAACUGUUCUAGUCUAGGAAGGUAAUUAACUGAAAACACUGGGCUGUUAGAUAUUACUUCUGUUAGCUGAACCGCAGUGGGCUGGGCUUUGUUCUGCACAUAGAUCAGUUGUUCCCUUCACAGAGCUACAGCCUGAACUGUCCUGGAUCAGCUUGCCAACCUUAAGUAAAUAGAAUAGCCUUCACGCAUUUUGAAUGCCGUUAAAUAAAAUGGUACUACAUAUCGGAAUAUUAUUACAAGGGGCCUUAAAAAAUGUAAACCCUUUUUCCUCUUUUUGAGGUCAAAUCUUCGGUGUUGUUGACAUUUUCAUUAUUACAUUUCAUCUUCUGUACGCUUUAUUUUAAUUUUAUUUUUAUUGUUUUGAGGAAUUAAUGUUUUUUUUUUUUAUAUAUAUGCUGUCCAGUAUUGGCAUGAGAGAUUGUGUUACUCUGUAGGUAGAUCUUUUGUGUUGUUUCCUCACAGAUAUUUGACACUUAUAGACAUGACCAAAUAUAAAUAUGCUUUAUUUGUCUUUUGGAAAAAUAUUUUUUAGUAGCUUUUCCCACGUGUUUGAUGUUUAAAGAUUAUAUUUCUAUAGGCCAUUUUUAAAGGAGACUUUAUUAUUUUGUUGUAUUCAUACAGUGAUAGCCUUGUGUAUGCCUUCAACCAUUAGAUUUAUUUUCAGGACUAUCUUUUUGGUGAUUGCUAAGGCAGAGCCAAGGCUGAUUACUAUAAUUCAGGAAGUGUAGAAGUGACCAAUGAUUUCUGAAGUGGCAAAAGCACAUUCCUCUGUGACUGUCAACUGUACAGCUUCAACAGCAGCUAUGAAAACAGUGGCAACGUUACUGACCUGAUCACCACGAGUCAGUUAUUUAUUUACUUAAUGUUACAUAAGUUAUAAUAUGAGAGUGUCAGGUGUUAAACAAGUGUUUUUCUAAUUAUGAAUCUUUACCUCAACUAGCCAACCAAAGGAGAAUGACACAAUUCUUACUUGUAUACAGCCUUUUUUAUUUGUUUACAUCAGCCCUCGUUGAAGUUUAUCACCAGCCAGCUACCUUAUGUGUCAAAGAGCAAACCUUUUCACAUAGUCUCUUAUGACAAAGGUCUUGAAGUAGUCAUAUCUUUGGCUUUAUAAUCUUUGGAAAAAGUCAAAUAAUUUUUGUAACCACCUUUGGUCAUCCAAAUGACUGAUCAGUGAUCUAUAGAUACAAAGUUUGGAUUAAGUUGUCCACCAUGAGACUUUGUUGAUUUUGAGUUUAAAGUCAAAUUUGUAGUGUUUUUUUUUUGUUCGUUAAAAGUGAAUGCGGUUACAUUUAUUUGUUGUCCUAUAGCCCUACUUAUUAGUGUUUACAUGAUAUAAUUUGCCAUAAUAGAACACAUUAUUUUAAAGUAAUAAUAGAUUUUCCAUACGCAAACGGCUGGAAUAAAACAAGACUUCUUAUAACUAUCCCACUGUGACUUACUGUUGGUAACAUGAUACGUGAGGCACUUGAACUCUCACAACACAUUUUUCUAUACAUUUUAUCAGUUGUUUUGAACGAGCUGCACAGAACCUCAACUGGAUUUCAGGAUAAAGGGACAUUUUGGACAUCCAUACCAUCAGAAAUAUCAGAAAGAUGUCUGACAUAGACCCUACUCCGACAGAGUUAUAAAAGGUCAGCACUUUCUAGCAAUCAACAGGUGAUUACAUACAAUAACCUUUUUCUGUCUGGGGUCUCUGUAAGUGUAUACAGUAUGCUGAUGAUACUAUAAUUGAUAUGUAUUAAUUUAUACUUGCUUAGACUAUAAUCCAGGUUCAUUAUGUCAGUGAUACAUUUAAAAUUGUACCGUUUUUACUCAUUCCCUCUUUGUGCCUAAGGCUCAGUUUUGUUUUCAAAUAUUUGUAAUGUAUUUGACAAACAAUUCAACGUUAUCAAAUGUCUGUUUUUUUUGUAUAUGUUUUUUGUAUGGAUCAUUUUUAGUAGAAUAAUAACUUACUUGUAAAUAUAUUGAAGCUUUAAUUGUCAUAGUAAUCAAAGUUGAUAAUGAAUUAGCUGAAUCGUUGAUUUUUAACACAUAAACAUGGUGGAGACCAACAAAAAAUCUAUGCUCGGAUAAGAUAAGCACAUGAGGUGUCCAAUAGAGAAGUGUAUUGCUGAAAUUCUGUAUGUUAUGAGGAUCACUACUGCAUAAAAGAUGUGGCUUUAAUGCAAUUCUAA